AUGAGUGAAAUACAGGCGAUCCAGUCCCAUGCUUCGCUCCCCAAGGCUUCCGAGGAGUUGGCACCUCAACCUGCCGAUUUGCUCGAUGAUCAGGCAGAGAAGAUUUUUGCCCAUCUCGCUCGUCCUGAAAUCGAUUACUCCUCGACAUCUGCAUUCUGUUCUAGCUCUUGGAAGCGAUUCAAAAGUCUUUGGACCAAAAGCUUCAUCUUCUCUUUGAUUGCUGGACAAGUUGUUUCUCUUUGCAUCACUUGCACGAGUGUCACCACGACGGAACUAACAAAGAGAAAUUUCAACAUACCGACGACCCAGACUUGGUUUCUGUACUUUGGAUUACUCUGCAUUUAUACCCCAUACACGAUGUAUCAGUAUGGAUUCAUGGGAUGGUGCGAGAUGGUGUACCGACGCGGAUGGGCAUACUUCAUUCUUGCGUGUUGUGAUGUCGAAGGAAAUUUCUUGGUUGUGAAAGCAUAUGAAUUCACUACGCUGCUCUCUUGUAUGCUCCUCGAUGCCUGGGCUAUUCCCAUCUGUAUCUUGUUCACUUGGCUUUUGAUGCGCACCAGGUACCACUGGACCCAACUUAUCGCUAUUCUGGUUUGCAUUGGCGCGAUGGGUUUGCUAGUUGCAUCCGAUCACAUCACGGGUGGGAAGGACUGGACCCCCCGCAAUAUGGUUAAAGGCGAUAUGUUUAUGCUCGCGGGAGCCACGUUAUACGGAUUCACCAAUGCAUUGGAGGAAUUUUUUGUUCGUCAGAGGCCUCUGUACGAGGUGGUUGGGCAGUUGGGGUUGUGGGGUACAAUCAUUAAUGGCAUCCAAGCUGCCGGCUUGGAACACAACGGAAUACGGACGGCUUCAUGGCACGCCCCAGUUAUCGGUCUGCUGUUCGCAUAUACUGCUGCUAUGCUCAUAUUGUAUACCGUUGCGCCACUUCUGUACCGGAAGGCAUCGGCCGCUUACUUCAAUCUUUCGCUCCUCUCGAGUGACUUUUUUGGCUUGCUGUUCGGUCUCUUCCUCUAUCAUUACCGUCCAUACUGGCUUUACUUCGUGGCGUUUUCGAUCGAAAUAAUUGGAUUAAUCAUUUACUUCUGGCAUGCGACGCCUGAGAGCCAGGGCAAGGUAGACCCAAGACGUCCAUCAUACGUUCGUCAAGUCAAAGCGAACACUACGGCUCAAGAUGUUGAAGCUGGUGGUCCAACUGUUGACACCGACAGUGCUUCGAUCACCAAAUAA